AUGAUAAUAAGAUCCCUAAUUCUGCGGCAUGGCCGUCUUGCCCUCCCGCGAUAUACUCCUGGCCGAACUCUUAGACGGUGCUACGCCAGCCAGAUCGAAGAAACAUACACGAAUCCGGACCAGGACCAGCAAUAUGUUGCCGGCGCCGAGGAUGCCACCAAAAGUCAAGUCAUGACUGCCAUCUCCACUCAGAACAGCAUAGCAUCGGACGACCAAGUAGCACGCGACUGGGAAUUCUUCCACCACCAAAAGGCCGUGACAGGCAAGAUCGGAAGCGAAGUAGAAACCCACUAUCGCCCACACGAACUCCUAUCGAACCCACCGAGUCCCAGAGACAUCACACUCGAGCUCUUGAUGGCCAGUCAGUCGCAUAUCGGACACUCGACGAGCUUAUGGCAUCCCGCGAAUGCCAAAUAUAUCUUCGGUGUGCGUGGCGAACAGGAUCCCAUCCACAUCAUCUCUCUCGACGUCACGGCGGCACAUCUGCGACGGGCCUGUAAAGUCGUGUCUGGCGUGACGGAAAGAGGAGGAUUGGUGCUGUUCGUGGGAUCACGAGAAGGACAAGCACGGGCAGUAGUCAACGCGGCAUCGAUGGCGCAAGGCUGUCAUUUAUUUACGAAAUGGAUUCCUGGCACCAUCACCAAUGGACAACAGAUCUUAGGCAAAUGCAAGAAGAAGGUGGUCAAUCAUCGCGAUGAAGAGGUAAAGGGGUUCGAGGAUCAAUUGAUUCAGAAAGCGGCUGUCAAGCCUGAUCUGGUGGUCUGUCUUAACCCGUUGGAGAACUAUGUGCUAUUGCACGAGUGCGCGCUGAACAACAUCCCGACGAUUGGGAUCGUGGACACCGAUGUCAAUCCAACUUGGGUGACAUAUCCCAUUCCUGCGAACGACGAUAGUCUGCGAUGCGUGCAAGUCAUUGCUGGUGUACUGGGAAGAGCAGGACAGGAAGGGCAAGCUUUGCGACGCGAGGGAGCGCUUGUGGGUGAUUAUCCGCCUAGGCAGGACCAUGGUUUAGAGCCGCCCAAUGAAGUGGAGAAGGAUGGGAGUAAGCAAGAUGAAGCAGAGAGGGGGAGAACGCUGUUGACAGCUGGGGAUGCUUAA